CGAGGGAGGGAGGGGGCCAGCGGCCGCCCAACAGGCCCAGAUUAUCGCUGGUCAAAUACUCCCUGGCGCUGGCUAUUGUUUCCCCACGGGCGGGUGGGGAGCCUGGCCCUGCCUCUGAGCAAGUGUCCCUGCCGGUGAUGCCACCCACUGCCCGCCUGCGCCAUCAUGGACGCGCCCUUCGGCGGUAAGUGGAGGGCUGGGGAAGGCUGGGUGCAGUCUGAGCACAGGCCUCACUGGCUGGCCAGGCCCACCUCCCCUCAGAGGGUACUCAGGGGUGCCGUGGCCCCCAGGUGGCCAAGGGUGGAAGGAUCAUGGGCAGCCAUCUCCCCACAGCCCAGAGAGGGGUCAAGAGUUCUGUUUAUCUUACCAAAAACAUCUCUGGAAUGCCUCCUGGGGAACAAAGGGAGCUGGGGGGCUGGCCCUGGGAGCCCUCCUGAGGGGCUACCAGAGGGAAGAGGGCAGCACAGGACCAUGUUGGGGGUCCCGGGAGCCUCCUUCCCAAGGCCCACAGGAAGAUCCAGCCUGAGAGGAGCUGGGGGAGAAACUUGGGAUGCCGGCCCUCCCCCAGGGAGCAGGGCCAGGCCCAGCCAGAGGGAAACAGCUGGCUGGGGUUGGGUGAAAGGCUGCCCACCUUUCAAGAGGGGGUCUUGUCUCACUGCCGAGGCCUCUGUGGCCAGCCUCUAGGCGGCCCAGCCCUCCUCUCAUGUGGGGCUGGUGGAGGGCAGCCGCCAGGCUUGGCUCAGAAUGGGCUGGGAGUCAGGAGACCCUGCCCAGGGGAGACCUAGUGCCCAGACACCUGAAUGAGCGGGACCUGUACAUGAAGGCCGAGCCCCCGAUGCCCCCCUAUGCUGCCCUGGGGCAGGGGCUGGUGCCCACCGAUCUCCACCACACCCAGCAGCCCCAGAUGCUACACCAGCUGUUACAGCAACAUGGAGCCGAGCUCCCCACACACCCCUCCAAGAAGAGGAAGCACUCUGAAUCACCCCCCAACACCCUCAAUGCCCAGAUGCUGAAUGGAAUGAUCAAACAGGAGCCUGGGACCGCUACGGCCCUGCCCCCACACCCAGCUCGAGCCCCAUCCCCACCCUGGCCUCCCCAGGGCCCCCUGUCACCUGGCCCGGGCUCCUUGCCCCUCAGCAUUGCCCGGGUUCAGACACCGCCUUGGCACCCCCCAGGGGCACCCUCACCAGGUCUCCUGCAGGACAAUGAUAGCCUCAGUGGCUCCUACCUGGACCCCAACUACCAGUCCAUCAAGUGGCAACCGCAUCAGCAGAACAAGUGGGCAACACUGUAUGACGCGAACUACAAGGAGCUGCCAAUGCUCACCUACCGGGUGGAUGCUGACAAGGGCUUCAACUUCUCGGUGGGCGACGAUGCCUUUGUAUGCCAGAAGAAGAACCACUUCCAGGUGACAGUGUACAUCGGCAUGCUGGGCGAGCCCAAGUACGUGAAGACGCCUGAAGGCCUCAAGCCCCUCGACUGCUUCUAUCUGAAGCUGCAUGGAGUGAAGCUGGAGGCUCUGAACCAGUCCAUCAACAUCGAGCAGUCGCAGUCAGACCGAAGCAAGCGGCCCUUCAACCCCGUCACGGUCAAUCUGCCCCCUGAGCAGGUCACGAAGGUGACUGUGGGGCGGUUGCACUUCAGUGAGACUACCGCCAACAACAUGCGCAAGAAGGGCAAGCCCAACCCCGACCAGAGGUACUUCAUGCUGGUGGUGGCGCUCCAGGCCCAUGCACAGAACCAGAACUACACGCUGGCCGCCCAGAUCUCGGAGCGCAUCAUUGUGCGGGCCUCCAACCCAGGCCAGUUUGAGAGUGACAGCGACGUGCUGUGGCAGCGGGCACAGGUGCCCGAUACCGUCUUCCACCAUGGCCGCGUGGGCAUCAACACGGACCGGCCUGACGAGGCGCUGGUUGUACACGGCAACGUUAAGGUCAUGGGCUCGCUCAUGCACCCCUCAGACCUGCGGGCCAAGGAGCACGUGCAGGAGGUGGACACUACGGAGCAGCUGAAGAGGAUUUCGCGCAUGCGGCUGGUGCAUUACAGAUACAAGCCCGAGUUCGCAGCCACCGCCGGCAUCGAGGCUGCAGCCCCAGAAACAGGCGUCAUUGCCCAGGAGGUGAAGGAGAUCCUGCCUGAGGCUGUGAAGGACACCGGAGACGUGGUCUUCGCCAAUGGGAAAACCAUAGAGAACUUCCUGGUGGUGAACAAGGAGCGCAUCUUCAUGGAGAAUGUGGGUGCUGUGAAGGAGCUGUGCAAGCUGACAGACAACCUGGAGACACGCAUUGACGAGCUGGAGCGCUGGAGCCACAAGCUGGCCAAACUGCGGCGACUGGACAGCCUCAAGUCCACUGGCAGCUCGGGUGCCUUCAGCCAUGCAGGGAGCCACUUCAGCCGGGCAGGCAGUGUCCCCCCCAAGAAGAGGCCCCCCAAAGUGACCAGCAAGUCGUCCUCUGUGGUCCCAGACCAGGCCUGCAUCAGCCAGCGCUUCCUGCAGGGAACCAUCAUUGCCCUGGUGGUGGUCAUGGCCUUCAGCGUGGUAUCCAUGUCCACACUGUAUGUUCUGAGCCUGCGCACGGAGGAGGACCUGGUAGAAACUGAUGGCUCUUUUGCCGUGUCCACUUCAUGUCUUCUGGCCCUGCUCUGGCCCCAGCACCCUGGGGGGAGUGAGGCCAUGUGCCCAUGCAGGUCCAGCCAGAGCUUUGGGACCACUCAGCUCCGACAGUCGCCCAUAACCACUGGGCUGCCAGGCACACAGCCCUCUUUGUUGCUGGUUACCACCAGCCUGACCAGCUCAGCCCCAGGUCCGGCCAUCCGCUCCUUGGACCUGUGCUCCAGUUACCCCUGCCCGGUCGUCUGCUGCUCCUCACCCUUGCCCAGCCCUACCACUGGCCCUAAUCUUGGUCCCAGCUUUAACCCUGGCCAUGGUCUCAGCCCCAGGCCUAGCUCCUCCACCAACCACUCAGGCCCCAGUCAGAUGGCCCUGCUGCCAGUUACCAACAUCAGAGCCAAGUCCUGGGGCCUGUCAGCCAAUGGCAUCAGCCACUCCAAGCAUCCAAAGAGCUCAGUGCCUGUGGCCAGCCUUGUAGUCCCCUUCCCUGGGGUGCAGAGCAAAGCCAAGAGCAGCCCUGGCCUUGGUCUCCAUCGCCGGGCCCGCCGAAGGGCGCUGCAGCCCGGCCUGAGCCCUGCUCAGCACACUCAGGCCGGGGACCAGACAGCCUCUCUCCUUGCAGACCCAGUGCCCUCCCUGACCUCCAUCCAGGUGCUGGAGAAUUCGAUGCCCAUCACCUCCCAUUACUGCAUUCCAGGGGACACCUGCAGGCCUGGAAAUGUCACUUACCACAUCCCUGUGAGCAGCGGCACCCCACUGCACCUCAGCUUGACCCUGCAGAUGAACUCCUCGUCUCCCGUGUCUGUGGUGCUGUGCAGCCUGAUAUCACAGGAGAAGCCGUGUGAGGAGGGAGUCUUCAUGCAGAGCCUCCAUCCCCACCAGGACACCCAGGGCACUUCCCACCAGUGGCCAGUAACCAUCCUGUCCUUCCGUGAAUUCACCUACCACUUCCGGGUGGCACUGCUGGGUCAGGCCAACUGCAGCAUGGAGGCCCUGGUCCGGCCAGCCACAGACUACUACUUCCACUUUUACCGCCUGUGUGACUGAGCUGCCAUCUCCAAGGCAGCACCACACCAGGGCCCGGAACUCCCCAGGUGCCCCUUCCACACUGGAUGCAAUGGUGUUACACUGGAGCCUGCUGCCCGCCAGCUCUGUGCCGUUUGCUGGUAUUCCCUCGGCGACACUGGGCUGGGCUUGGCCCUCCCCGUGACUGGUGACACUGGAAGUCCUCACACUGGAGUUGCUGUUCCUGCUGGUCAGCCCUCACAUACCACAGAGGGAGCAGAGAGACCUCCUGGGGCCAGAACAGGACCAUUCACAGAUGCCCAGAUAUGGUGGUUGGAGGGCUGGCUUCAAGUGCCCUGAAGACAAGGGGAAGCCUAUGACUGUCCAGAGCCUACCCUCCGUGCCUCCUCUUUUGAGACUGGGAGCCACCCCUCUUUUGGAGAGGACCUGCCUGCCUGAGAUCAGCAAGGGGCUUGGAUCCAGCCUCAAAGGACUUGGCUGGACCCGUGAAUCAGUGAAGAGCAGACAUCCCUCACCCUCGAAGCUGCUCCCUGGCGGGUGGCUAGGUGGUAGACUUUUUGGGGUUUGACUGUUACACUGGACUUGGACUUCUAAGCUUUAAGUGUGGCCCAGGAGGUCGCUUUUCCCUGGGGGAACUUGGUUCCCAAGAGCUCCCAGGGCAGCUGAAGUCAGCCCUAGAUGGGCUGGAGAGACUGACCACAUGCCUUAUGUACACUUAAUGCCUGGCUGAACCAGUAGGGGCCUGUGGUCCAGGCAAGCCUUGGACCCUUGAACCUGGAGUAUCUCAGAAGGGGAGUCCCCUGUGAGCCCCCCGGAACGUGUUGCAGCCCCAUGGCCUGAGAGUUUCUGGAGCCCGCAGCAGUGUCAGUCACCGAUCACUCUCUCUGAGCAGAGGAGCAGGAAUCCCUGCAAAGCAGUAGGCCAGUCUGGGUUGGGGGGGGAUGCAAACAGUGUUUGCUGUUAUGAAAUUACUAAAAUGCACUUAAGCCAGGGCAGAAGGCUGGAAGGCUGGAGAUGGAAGGCCCAGAGCAGACCAGAGCCCUUGGGGGACAGGCCAAGACAGGGCCCUGGCUCUAAUUCACCCCAGGGAGCCUGGAGACAUUCACCCAAAUCUGACCACCAAAACUCUGGCCUCUCCCUCCACUCUUGUUGGCUGGUGGCCUUGUCUCCCCAAAUCAAGGGCUCCUGUACAGGGCUUGAACAGCCAAGCUGGGGAGACCCAUGCUCAGCAGCAGGCCCCACCUCUGCUUACUCCUCCCAGGAGCAGAGUGGUGGGCUUGGGUUAGGGAAGAAGUCUUAUCUCAAGUGCCAAUAUAACCCUUUCUUAGAGGGUGCCUGGAGCAUUCCGAGGCCACACCCAGGCUCUUAGAAGGAGUGUGGAAGACACUUAGCCCUGUCUGCAUGGGUUCAGAAAUGGGAAUGAGAACUGCCAUCUUUGCCCUGUAAUGUUCUGCCACCUCUUUGGGAACCAGGCCAUGCCUGUCUCCUACCUCCCAUUCUCAGCUUCGAAUGGGAGGUCUUUCUGCGGGGGAGCUGAACCUAGAGGAAGCCUAUUAACUGUGGGCUCCCCUCCUGCCAGGGAUCUCAAAGCACUUAUCCUCAGGAUAGGGAAACACGAGGGGAAUCAGGGGAUAGCAGGAACACCUCGCCUCCCAUCCCCUCCCCAGUUGUGGCUCCCCCCACCCCGCCCCAUUCUGACAUAGGAAUUACAUGGCUCCCCACAGCAGACAGGGGGCAGAGCCUUCCUUUGUUCCUUAGGACGACUAUGUUCUCCCUCCCCCCGCUGGGGGUGCCCUCCCUAAAUGCCUUAAAACUGCGGAGCCCUACCCGUUAUAAUAGGAUUCUGGGUGAGAGUGCGUGUUCUUGGACUGUAGGCUUCCUCAGUCCUAACUGGAAGUGACCCUCCACUGUUCCCUGGGGCCCAUCUGGACACAGCAUAGCCCCAAUCUGGUUAGCAGCUGGCUGUUUCCAUGCCUGGGGAGGAGGUCCUCAGUGCAAGGAUUGGGGCCAGGCUGGGGCUCCAAGCUGCUCAUGGUGGGGGUCAACCUUGGACCAAAGUUGCCUUAUCCCGAUAAGAUAAAAGGGCUUCAGGGAAGGAGAGUGGGCCACCUGCUGGAGGCUGACGGCUGCCUCACUGGCGCUGGUGAGUGGGUAUCUUGGCUCCAUUCCCUACCCGGGGUCCAGCAGCUAUCCCUCCCUUCCUCUCCCCUUUGGCAUUUAUUCCUGUAGCCGCUGGGCUAAUCUCCCCCAAGCUUCAAGCUGUGCAUAGGGUCUCUCAAUGCACAAGUCCCCCUGCCUGUUAUAUCCCCCAUAAAAGCCUGCAUGUGCAUAGAGUGCCCCUCCCUCCCAGUUAACUCCCAGUUCCUGUACCUGAGCGCUGACUCAUAUUUAUCGUGUACCAACUCUGACUGGAGUGGACAGAGGGAGGCAGCCCCAGGCCUGCUUGCUUCCCCGGAACUGUCCUUUUCUUCUGAAGUAAAUAUACUUAUAUAAAUAAAUGUUUAAAUACGGCUUUGUAUCUGAA